CCCUCCUGUUGGACAGAACCGCAAGCCCAGCGCUGCGCCUGCCUUGGCGCUUGCUGGGCAAGGGGCGUUUGUGUUUUUCGCAGGGCCUGAUUUGCGGGCUAUCUUUAGCUGCUUAAUAGGGGUCUGCGUGCUGGCACUUGGCCGGAUCAGGUGCCAUUUCUCUUAAACCUCACCCCAAACGAGCCUGCUCAGCUUCUUGCAUUUCGCUGCUCAGCGCGCUCUCGCCUGACUAUUCUUUCUGCUGCGUGCUCGGUGCCCACUAGUAAACUAGUAAACGAGUAAACAUGCGCUGGGGCUCUGUGCUGUCCCUCAGUGGGGCCGCCCUGGUGUUGCUGCUCCAGGGCCAGCUCGCCCUAUCAAACAUCGAGAUCACGCCUACUUCCAUUGACUCGCUCACGGAGGCUGGCAAGACCAUCACCGAGCCAAUGUGGGAGUUCUACCUGCAGAACCAGACUACCGAUGUUCCCGGCAAGCUGACCGGCACAUGGUAUGUCGCCGGUGCCAUGUUCAUGACUAUGAUCCAAUUCUGGCAGGUGUCUGGCUACGAUAAACACAAUUCUGUCGUCUCGCACGACAUGAUGUUCCAGGCCGGUGAAAACUUUGACUACUUUGACUCCAACUACAGUCAAUGGCUGGGUAACGAUGACCAAAUGUUCUGGGGUCUCGCAGCCAUCACCGCCUCCGAGACUGGUUUCCCAGAGGUCAAGGACAAGCCCACGUGGACCUCGCUGGCCCGCGCCGUCUUCACCAUGCAAGACGGCCGCUGGGACACAGAGAAGUGCGACGGUGGCAUCACCUGGCAAAUCCACCCCUGGCAGGCCGGUUACACACUGCGCAACUCCAUCUCCAACGGCGGGCUCUUCCAGCUCGCUGCCCGGCUGGGCCGAUUCACCCGCAACGAGACUUAUAUCAAAGCGGCCGAGAAGUACUGGGACUGGUCCGAGUCGUCGCCGCUCAUCCAGCCAAAGAAGAACUGGUUCGUUGCCGAUUCCACCUCGGGCGACAACGACUGCAAGGACAGCGGCGACAUGCAGUGGUCUUACAACUACGGCACCUACCUUGCCGGUGCUGCUUACAUGUACAACUACACCGAAGACGCCAAAUGGCGCAAGCGCGCAGAAGGCCUGCUCGGCCGACUAACCACCGACUUCUUCCCGAAGCAAUACGACCACCAAGUCUUCUCGGAAUACGCGUGCGAGCCCAAACAAACCUGCGACCGCAACAUGCUCAACUUCAAAGGCUGGUCAGCGCAGUGGAUGGCCAUGGCGGCGAAUCUCGUGCCCGAGCUGCGGACGGAGGUCGAGGCCAAACUGCAGAGUUCGGCGGUGGCAAUCGGCACGUCGUGCGUAGGCGAGUCCGAUGGUAUGAGCGACCUCUGCGGGUCGCGCUGGUGGGGCGCCAAGUGGGAUGGGAUUAAGGGGCUGGAGGUGCAGCAGGCGGCGCUGGGUGGGAUUACGGCGAAUCUGAUGCUGCUGAGCAGUGCGGAGACGAAGACGAUUGAGACGAAUCCCGACGCGGAGGAGAAGUACCUGGAUACGUCGGAUGAUGACAUCGAGGAGCUGAAGCCGAUUUCGACGGGGGAUCGGGUUGGGUCGUGGAUUCUGACUGUGCUUUGGGGGUCGGGGAUUGUGGCUGCCGGGUGGUGGUUGAUUAAGCAGGCGUAGUCAUGUUAGUGAAUAAUAGGCGUCUAUUUACAUUCUAUAUAUUUGAUAAAUGAAUGACAUAACUUUACCAAC